AUGGAGGAUCGAUCAGGGCCGGGAUCUGGCUGGAGCCUCGUCUGCGCUGGUGCCGCCAUCCCGACGGAUCCGGGUCGGGAAGGGGCCCUGGCGCUGGAAUGUGCCUCGCCCUGGCAGCAUUCCCGGUGUUUGAGGGGCCGUGCCCCACUCCAGGUGCCAUUCCCGGUGUUUGAGGGGCCGUGCCCCUCUCCAGGUGCCAUUCCCGGUGUUUGCCAGGCCGUGCCCCUCUCCAGGUGCCAUUCCCGGUGUUUGAGGGGCCGUGCCCCUCUCCAGGUGCCAUUCCCGGUGUUUGCCAGGCUGUGCCCCACUCCAGGUGCCAUUCCCGGUGUUUGCCAGGCCGUGCCCCUCUCCAGGUGCCAUUCCCGGUGUUUGAGGGGCCGUGCCCCUCUCCAGGUGCCAUUCCCGGUGUUUGCCAGGCCGUGCCCCACUCCAGGUGCCAUUCCCGGUGUUUGCCAGGCCGUGCCCCUCUCCAGGUGCCAUUCCCGGUGUUUGCCAGGAUGUGCCACAUUCCAGGUGCCAUUCCCGGUGUUUGAGGGGCCGUGCCCCUCUCCAGGUGCCAUUCCCGGUGUUUGCCAGGCCGUGCCCCUCUCCAGGUGCCAUUCCCGGUGUUUGAGGGGCCGUGCCCCUCUCCAGGUGCCAUUCCCGGUGUUUGCCAGGCUGUGCCCCACUCCAGGUGCCAUUCCCGGUGUUUGCCAGGCCGUGCCCCUCUCCAGGUGCCAUUCCCGGUGUUUGAGGGGCCGUGCCCCUCUCCAGGUGCCAUUCCCGGUGUUUGCCAGGCUGUGCCCCACUCCAGGUGCCAUUCCCGGUGUUUGCCAGGCUGUGCCCCACUCCAGGUGCCAUUCCCGGUGUUUGAGGGGCCGUGCCCCUCUCCAGGUGCCAUUCCCGGUGUUUGAGGGGCCGUGCCCCUCUCCAGGUGCCAUUCCCGGUGUUUGCCAGGCCGUGCCCCUCUCCAGGUGCCAUUCCCGGUGUUUGAGGGGCCGUGCCCCUCUCCAGGUGCCAUUCCCGGUGUUUGAGGGGCCGUGCCCCACUCCAGGUGCCAUUCCCGGUGUUUGCCGGGCCGUGCCACACUCCAGGUGCCAUUCCCGGUGUUUGCCAGGCCGUGCCCCUCUCCAGGUGCCAUUCCCGGUGUUUGCCAGGCCGUGCCCCUCUCCAGGUGCCAUUCCCGGUGUUUGCCAGGCUGUGCCACAUUCCAGGAACUGUUUCCGGUGUUUCCCGGGGUCCGGCUCUGGCACGGAACGAUCCGGAACCACCGGUACGAAGUUCAUCCAGGGGAGCAACGUGGCCCCAGUUCAACCCCAGGUCAGCCCCAGUUCAACCCAGGACUCUGAACUUGAGGGGUUUAGGGACAAAUUCUUGGAAUUUGGGUUUGGUUUUUCAUGAGAAUCCUCCCAGUGUGGUUUGGAGGUGCAGAACGACGCAUUGGGAGCCCAAACCAUCCCAAAUUUUGGGUUUAUUCACCUCCUCCACACCCCCCCUCCCCAACCCUGACCCCUUGCCCAAAAAAACUGAAACCACCAAAGCCAGAAAAUACCGAAAAAAGCUCCUUUUUAACGCACUUCACAAAAGCAGAACAACGAGGGCCCGUCCCCCAGCCGGGGCCUGGGAAAAGGCUCCAGAAUCGGAUCGACUCCCCCCAAAAAAAACCAAAAAACAAAAACAAAAAAAACCCCCAAAAAAUAAUAAUAAUAAUCCUAUUUAGACCAA